CUUCAUCUCAUUAUACAAUACACGCCAUGUUGACUCGCCGUUUAUUCUCCACUAGUACAAAGACAGCAGCAGACUACUACAAAAUUACAUUGAAGCGAUCCACCAUUGGUCUUCCCCAAGAUGUUCGUGCAGCUUCCAAGACAUUAGGCCUUUUCCGUCUUCACCAAACCUCAUAUAAGCCUGUCAAUGCCAGUACAGCAGGUUUAAUUCUCAAGCUAAAAGAACUUGUUCAAGUUCAAGUGGUUGAUCAUAUUCCUACAAAAGAAGAACUCAAAGCAGCAAAACCUGCAAGAGGUUACACUGUUGUUGGCAGCAAAAUUUAGAUAUCUCUUUUUACCAAACUGUACAUCAAUAAUUCAUUUCUCUACAUAUAAACCAACGUUACAAACAAAUACUCUUUUCUUUUUUCUUUUCUUUUUUUUUUUCCUGAUGGAGCAUAGAUAGAAAGAGAGGUUUUGAUAUGGCAUGAGCCUAUAUAAUUCUUU